UUCUUCACUCACUGCAUUUCCUAUCCAUCGCGGUGACGGAGCCCAGCCCGGGGAUCCCUCAGUUCAUGGUGUUGGGAUACGUGGACGGGAUCCCCAUCAGCCGCUACGACAGCGAGCGGGGCCGGGUGGAGCCGCUGACGCCGUGGAUGGCGGCCGGAGGGUCUCCAUGGAUCCAAUCCCACCCCCCAGGUCUCCACACAAGGCAGCGGCUUUAUGGCUGUGACCUCCUGUCUGACGGGAGCGUCCGUGGAUACAACCAGAUUGGCUACGAUGGGCGGGAUUUCAUCUCCUUCGAGCUGGGAUCCAGGAGAUUCGUGGCGGCCGAUGGAGCUGCCCAGAUCACCAAGAGGAAAUGGGAACAUGAUGGGAUAGAGGUGGACUAUUGGAGAAAUUACCUGGAGAACACCUGUCUGGAAUGGCUCCAGAAAUUCGUCAGAUACGGGCGGGAGGCGCUGGAGCGCAAAGGUUUUUGA